GGAAUCUGGCUGAAAAGAGAUUUUAGAGCUUCCGGAGCGACAAGGAGGCAGACUGGAAAGACUUGGCAGAAAGAUAAACACAAUACAAGUAAGUGUCAGGACGUGUAAAUGGUGUUAAGAUACCUACUGCAAAUUAAAUCAGGCCAUCUCAGUACUGAAAGGUUGACUUAUUCAGAGCUUUAUAGUUUUGACAAACUUAAACCUCGAGCUUCCCAAAAUGUAGCCUGCGAAGCGCAGACGCAUUUCCGGUCGUCGCUUCUCUCCCUCCGAAAGGCUACCCAAAAUGGAAAUAAAAAUACGAAAAAAUUACCUGCGUCUUCCAUAUUUUUCUAUUGCAAAUGGAGCACUGCCACCUUGAUUAACCUCUUUUCUGCUCUUUUCUUCAGUAAUUAAUGACAAUUCCUUUGGGAAACUCUCAGAGGUCCCGUUUAAAACUUCAAGAACAAAGUCUUAUCUUUCUCUCGUGAGUUUUUCUGUCCACUCAAAAAGCAUAUUCUUCCUUCCCACGUUUAAAGAAUUUGGAGUUAAUUCUAUGAUCUAUUUAUAAAUACGCUUCUACUACACGGCUUAAAUCCAAGACCUUCGCUCUACAAUAUCUUGACCAAAACCUCUUGUUCGAAGGCAUUUUUCUUUGAGUUUGGUUGUGACAAUAUAUUUGAUCAGCGGCUUUUUAGUCGAGCUUUGCUUGAGCAGAGCGAGACUCUUAAAAUGCAGUCGUUUUUUGUUCGUCUGUAGGACCUAGUUUGUAGGCCCCGCGUUCCUAGCGAAGACCGUUGAAACUGGGGACAAGAAUCGUGACGACUUUCAUCGUAUGGAAAUGAGUCUCGUGAUGAGCAUGUGGUUUGUUUUUUGGGGGCUGACUGGAAUAACGCGCAACGUUUAUCACGUUUAAGUGCUUUCUUCCAUGCAAGAAAUCACGUUUUGUCGUUUGCGUUAAAACAGGUUACGUUUCAUGCUUAUAUGACAUAGUAAGCCGAUAAAAUCGUAAGUGCAAAACAGACAUAACAAAAAGUAAAACUGUAAACACGUGCUCUCUCUGAUCUUAUGGUAAUUUGGUUCUGACCUUCACGAUCACGUGCGAAAAAUUCACGUGCGAAAAAGUAAAUACAGCUAAACGUGACAGAAAGAAUAGUUUUGUAAAGACGUGUUCCGGGUCAUGGUAGCGCAGAAUCUGGGGAUGAAAAUCUCAAUCUCAGUGAACGCUUCGAAAAACAACGCGCAAUUGUCCGAAUUUUAUGUUUUGAGACGAAAAAAUUGGAAAGAUUAAUGGAUUAUACGGUGAUGUCGCUUACAAAUCCACACACUAUUCGUUGUAGACCCACACUAAAAGAUGUCGAGCGUUUUCGGAAUGGAUCGUUCCACGAAUUCUGUCGUUUGAAAGCGUUGAUAACUUUGAAAGAAGUGAAUAUAUCAGAUGUUGAAACAAGGAAGAAUGUUCAUGAGCAGAACUUCGAUGAUGAGGUAAAAAAAAACAAGCAAAUCGUCGUUAAUUUACCUCUUGUGUUCAACAGCCUGAUUCUUUUCCUUUUUUCAUGAUGCUGGAUACUUGUAACGAACAACUUGAUAUUUCGUACAUCAUUAAUAUUAUUGUACAGGCGAUGAUAAAUGUCGGUUUGUUCUACGCAUGGAGUUCUACGUUACAACAUACGGAAAAUUGUCUUCAGAACUGUAAUGUAUUGGAAAAAGUUAUCAAUUUGCGAAAUACUGUAGGAAAACGGCAUAAAAAAGAGUUCAAAUUCAUUUUCGGCGACCGAAAUUUACGGCUUCGAGACAGCACUUCCGUUUGCUGUCCACCGCAACAGAUGAUGACGGAAAUGACGUAGUAAAGUAAAUGUAUUCAAGAUCAGAGCAAUAAAAGGAGGUGGUAAACCUACACGACUUUUACCUCACGCCAAAAUGCUGCUCGUUCCACUGAAUAAAGUUUUUUUCGUCUGCUGGGUAGAUUAUGCUCUGGAAGGUUCUACAUUUUCACUGAGUAAAUGUUAUUUUACCCGCAUGUUUCACACUUAGAGAUCAUGACACACAUAUCGAUUUACUGUGGUUAUUAGCUGGGAGGAGCGUUGCGUGACGACAUUAAAAACGACUGUGUAGCAGACCCCGGGGUAGCAGACUAUUUUGAAGCGUGAUCGUGAAGCUUUUUAUUACGGCUGAAUAAGGGUUCCAAUUUUCUCCAAAGUAUCUUCUGGAUCUGAAUAACUAAGCGAUUUUCCUUAGUCCAUGAAUGUAAUGUUUUUGUGCAAUGCUGUAUCACGUUAGGCCCAACUCAUUAGUUUUGUUUGGAAAAUCUUAAAUUAUUACGGGUAGUGAUUUACAGGUCGUGUGUACUGUUGCAAUAAAACGUGAUACUGAGUAGAGCGGAGGUGCAAGGCAACUGUAAUAUCAUCACGACUGAGCCAUUCUUCGGUGGUCCCAACAAUUACCUCUUGCGGCUUUGGCUGUUCGUUUUGCGACUCAUUACUGGGAAGCCUUUACACAAGCGAAACCUGCUUAAAAACAUCGAAGACUGUUGACAUGUACACAACAAAUGUCCAGUCUUGAAAGAUCUUUACUUCACUUAAAACUCUGUUGCCUUCGCAUAGAUCUCUAAGAUCUUUAAAACUCCCUCCGCAGCUGAUGGGGGGUCUGUUACUUUUGCGUUUCCAGUCUCAUUCACUUUCGUCACCGAGAGUUGCGGUUCACAACGAACUAAGUCACGUGGUACAAGUAUACUCCCUUAUCCUUUUUUUACUCGCCACUUCGCGCUUCGGUCGCCCUUCGGGCGACGGUCUUCCGUCACCCUUCGGACGACCUGCUGUGCACCGACAAGAAUAUAGCUUGCGGUUAUUGAUUUUCAAAAUGACGAACAACAAAGUCGAUCUGGAUCAGGUAAAAAGCAAAGAAAUCCUUUACAGUACAUUCAUAAACAUCCCAUAGAACGUAAGAACCGUUCAGUUUUUCUUGAAUAAACAUUUUUCGAGGUGAGACUUUAAAUAAGUAAUUCAUUUAUUUACACGCAACUCCUCUGGACCCUGUGCAGUAGAUUGAAAUCAUAAUUCAACUUUUUCACUUGCUGUCCGUGACUCUGAGGAAUUAUGACGAACCCCGCGGGAGGACGACUCUGCAUAUGAAAGGCAAGGGGAUGUUCGUCGGAAAUUUUGAAUUAAACCCCUACAAGAGACCGAUCCGGGCGUAACCCAAGCUUUUUUGACCCCUAAAAGACACUAUGUUACUGAAAACUCAGACAAUUCCCCUUUUUUUAUAUAUAUUUUUUCACAUGCAACCCUAAACGAAACCUUCACGGCUAAAUAUAAUAGCGUUUUGCCCAGAACACCGUCAGUAAGACCAAAUCCGAAAUUUACACCCCUAAGCAAGACGACGAGCAUCCCAAGCCCUUUUAUAUGCGGAGCGCCCCCCCCCCCCCCCCCCCCCUGCCCCCCCCCCCCCCCCCGAGUGACGAACGCUCGCGCUCUAUUCGCCUCCUCACUUCUUAUCGUAUCUACAAACAAGCGAGACUCAACGCUACUUAGAGCGUUCUUGUAUUAGACGAUUAAAUGUAUUAUGUAUUUGACCACUCGAGCUUUUGGGGGGGUCCCAGGGUUCGUCUCGCUUUUCUUGGAAAGCCAGAAGAUCUUGGGGACGAGAUACGGCUGCAAGUAAAAUAGGUAAUGACGUAAUUUCGUUGUUAUGACAACUCCGAUGUCAUUGUCACCCUGUCUUUAUCUAGUACAGCUGUGGUGGUAAUUUUUCCAAAUCUUUGUUAAUGGCGACGUAGUUUAUGCUCAAACUUGGCAGGUAUUGACCCUGAAAAACCCUAUCGAGCUUAAUCUAGAAAAUGGUAAAUUGUGUUAAAAUAUCUAUAUUCGAAUCAUUUUAAUUUCAUAGUUAUCAUUCUUUUUCACUUGCGUGUAUUUGUUAAAUGGAGUUUAAACUAGCAACUUCGUGCAGGUUUUUGUACUCUCACACAGUUGUGGCCAAAGAUGUUGACAAAUAAGAGGGUCUCAACUACGUGAUGGCUUUUACGGUUAUCGGCUAAAAUUUUGGCUCUUUUACGGCUAUCAGUUAAUUUUUUUCAGUUACCGUUAACAAAAAAGUUUAAAAUUAAUUUCUUUUUUUUUCAAAUAGUUGAAUAUUAAUUAACCCGUAUUUUUUGUAUCUUUAAAGCAAAAUAAAGGUCUUCCAUCAUCUCAGGAUGAAAUAAGCAAUUCCUUUGAAAAAUUUUAACAUUUGAUAAAUCAUUCUUUUUAUAAAGUAUUCCACUUCUAAUAUUAUUUUACACAUAGAAAUGUCAAUAGUCAAUUUAAAAAUAAUCAAAUAAUCUUUGUGAAAAAGCAAAAGGGGACACGCGAACACCCAACUCAAGGCCGAGGCGAGACAUUUCAUUUAUAACAGAAAUGGCCGUUUUCACACUAUAGACGGAUUAUUCGUGUGAGACGGGUUAUCCGUUUGAUGAUUCGCGUCAGAUAGGUAAUACGCGUUAAUUUGAAAAUGGAAUAGUUUUAAUUUUGAGUGAACAAUCCGCCUGACUUAAUCCAUCAAUUUUGACAGACAGUUUGAAGAUCGAUUAUCCAUUUCAGAGAGCCUGUGUACAGCCGCCCCCUCCCCUCAGAAAAAAUCGGAGAUGGGAUGUUUGUGGGGGAGGGGGCGACGGUAUACAGGCUAGUCUCAGAUGAUAAUCCAGUUUCUAGCUCUAGCGUGAAAACGGCCAAUAACAAAAAUUCCUGUGUCCAGUGUUUUUAAUGAUAGCGCGCUCGAGCGAAGUGUACAGAACGACUGUCUGCCGUUGCCUUGUCCGUAGGCCUCAUUGCUCCGCGCGGCUAACGGUUUCGGGUCACAUGGUCUGAGCGAGUUCGCCAACGAAAUGCCUUGACCGAGAUUGCGUGGGAAGACGCCGCACAGGGACUAGGCAUGGCAAUGUCUACCGUAGCGUCAGGAAAAACAGGAGAUUGUUGUUUAUCGGCAACGUGUUUUACAAACAGUGAAAUCUCUGCGUGUUGUUUCACUAGUGUUUCGAGAGCACGACCUCCUGAAAAUCGCAAAUAUUAAUCCCCAUUAAAAAGCCACACUUUCGCUAGGGAACAAAUUACAUGUAGUUCCCCGAGAGAGCGGUGGAAAUGGAGCCUAGGUCUAGGUCACAACUUAAAGGCGCUUGGCGUAACGCGCGUAACGAGUCACAGUACAUGGGAAAUAAAAAAUGCAUUCCAUAAGUGAGUUUAGCACCUUCCUUAAAAUUAACAAAUCUAGGGAACAAUUUCCUUUACGGUUAACUCUUUUUUACCCUAUUUACGGCUAACAGUUAAAAUUUUUCAAUUUUUACGGCUAUCGACUAAAUUUUUGGCCGUUCCCGCCUAUCGCUCAACCCCAUUGAGACCCUCAAAUAAUGUAAUUAACCUGAAUUUAUAAAUAAACUUUACCUUUCAAGUCAUCUUUGUUCACUUGGCGAUUUAACUCCUUAAAAUGCAUGGACUGUAUGCAGAACGCUAAGCCCGAUCCUGAUAGAUAAUUAUCCACCGAACGUAGGUGUACUUGUUCUGUUUAUUUCAAAUACACAAAAUUUUGCAUCCGCUCCCUUAGAAAAUGUCUGCUGCAAAGUAGGUGCGUUAACAUCUCUGUUAAGCUUAACUAUAUCGCAGGCUUUCGAUAAGUAUGUCCAUUUUAAUAAAAGGUAUCCUGCCCUAAAAAAUCGUCGUUCCCCUUUAGCCUCGCAUUCAUGCUCAAGGCCUACUCGUCCUAGCCCAUCGGGGAAUAUGACUAUUGUCUAUUCAAUUAAUUAAAAAAGGCUACCGGUACUCAAGGUAAAACAAAAUGAAUAUCGUAAAACAUUUUCUAAUACCCUCUUAUGACGCGGCCGUAUUCACCUUUCAAUUACCAAACGCUCUAUAUUUUUCCCAUGUUUUGACUAGUCGCACCACCUGUGGAGGGCGAAUCAGAAGUGGAAGAAGAACUCCAAGUUAGUAAACAAGACACAAAAAAAUUGUUAAAAAGAGUGAAAGAAAUGAACGGUAAGUAAACCAUUGUUGGCGAUCAACAUGUCUUUCACAUGAAGUGAAUUGCUUACGUUAAGUAUAUAUUAUUUUUAUUUUUUCGGAACUACUUUAUGGUCAGGCCAGGAGUUUCCAAUGUAUUUAUUAGUCUAGCUUAGAGACAAACUGAAAAUGGCCAUUCCUCGAAUUUUAUUUAAUCUGGGCCCCACUGCUAAAAUUUGUCAUUAAACCCUUUUCGUUUUUGGUCAUUUUUCUAAUUAAAGCGGAGGCAGAGACGGCUAUAGAGGAGCUGGGAAGCGUACUGCAAAAUAUAAAGGUGGCUACUAAUGAGCUGAAGAAGCUUGAAGGUAGGGCACAGCUGCUGACAUGGUGCAAAGUUAGACCAGGGGUGCACUGCUAACCAUUUAACAGCAAAAAUUCCGAUUGGGUUGCCCAUUGGCAUAGUGGUAAGGGAUAUAUCAGCUCAUCGGAGAGAUAAUUCGGAGAAAUUUUCGUUACGGUUUGAAUCCAAAACGGGCGCGAAUAUGAAUAGAUCAAGCGCCGGGUAAGUCUGAAACCGAGAGAAUGGUAAAUGGUUAGCGAAAUUUGGCUCGGUUUAUACCAACCUGAAUAAAAGGACUACUUCAAAACGUAAAAGGCCUCACUUUACUGCUGGAAUUUCCACAAUCAAAUGACCUAGCCAAUAACCUCCCAUUCGGACUUUUUUCUAACUUAAUGCUAAGCACCCUAUAGAUUAACCAGAAAAAUAUUUAAAUCUCAACCAAUAACUGGUUCUGCUCGCUGUUUUCUUUUCGUGAAAAGUAGCUGGAAUAGUUGAAGGAACUUUAAAUGAUCAUGAGGAGAUGAGGAGAUGUAUUCAACUGUCUACACCAAUACUCCGUUUUCUUAGCUGUUAAAAUUAGUUCAACUUGUUAAACCAUCUAUGAGCUCAUUUAUCGCUAGCUAUAUGCGAGUUUGACCAUUUUAGGUUCUACAAAGAUGUAGAAGGUAUGAGCAGACUGAAAGGCUAACUCCGUGCCAAUAUAAAGCCAAUCAUCUUAUGUCAUUUUCGUCCCUGUCGCCAGAGUCCUAUUUAACCGACGCUGUGAAGCAAAGUUCAAAGUUAAGCAACCAUAGAAAUUAGCUGAUAUUGAUCUUAUCCCUUUCUUUAAAAAAACAAGCUUUGGCGGGUGAAAAACAAACGGAAUUGAGGCAAGGAUUGCAAUUGGCAGAGAGUUAUAAACAGGAGGCAUCUGUGGAACAACUCAGAGGUACGCAGUUGUGUGCUCAAGCGGGGCGUGAACAAAAUAUCCACACUGGCACAACAUACCUUUAGUCUGUUCAUGAUCACGGCUAGGUUGUUCUGUCCCUCUCUCACUUGAAUCUUAUGUUUAUAAAUGCUUGAUUGAAUGCCUUAAACUGCAAUGUGUUUGUUUUAAUGUUGUACUCUGCGUCGUACAGGCUCAAGCGCUCAGUAAUGUAGGAGCUGCUCGUAAGGUGUUUCCUCAUGGUCGUAGAAAACAAUAACACAUCAUUGUUAAUCAUUAUUUCCCAUUGUUUCACGGUUAGGCUAUCGAACCAAUUGGCUUCAAGCGCUAAAUGGGGACACAGCAACGAAAAAAUCCUCACAUCAAACCACAUUCUUAAGUUUAGCGGUAUCUCAGUAGCGCCUUCUUACUUUCCCUUCAUCUAUGUUAAUAUUUUAGAGUAGCAUUAGUGAAAACAGCAGUCAUUUAAAUCAGUCAUACAGUCACGUUAAUAACGCGUUAUUAGUUUACUAGUAUUAUUUUUAUGUGCAUGUAGGUGGCCUUAUUCCCCAAAGCGGCAUCAAACUAUCUCCUAUAGUUUUAGGUGUCUAGGGUGUCUAGGUGUCUUAGUUGUCUAUAAUUGUUAUUAUUGUUAUCAUUUUUUUACUAUUAUUAUUAUUAUUAUUAUUAUUAUUAUUAUUGUUAUUAUUAUUAUUAUUAUUAUUAUCAUUAUUAAGUAGGUUGAGUAUGAUCGUUGAUCGUCCGGGUGAACUUAGUCCUGAAUAGGACUGUUGAUCAAUCACGCAUUUAUUUUUUUAAAAAAAGCCUUUUCUGAUAUAAUGUUGUAAUUUUUACUAGAUAAUUAUUCAUUCGUGUAAUCUUUAACUGUAAGGCGCAUUUGAAAACUGUAUAGUUGAAUUUGCGCGUUAUAAAUAAAUGUUAUUAAUGUUAUUAUUAUUAUUGCUUGACGUUUCGACAACCUGUGCAGUAGUAAUCUUCAGAGUCAAAGUGAGUUGUAUCACGUCAGUUGAUGGUAUUAAACUUUGGUUAUUGACGUGAUUGGUUAAUUAAGUCGCGAUGUUAUUGGUCGUCUGUCAGUUACUCCGUGAUGUUAUUUGCUAUGAAGAGUCUCAAAUGUCAUUGGUGCGUUUCGAUCCGUCUUUUUGUUGCAGUUGAACAGUCAUUGUUAGUCGAAUUGUCGGUUCAGUCAUUCUGUCGUUGUCAGUUUUGUUAUUAUUAUUAUUAUUAUUAUUUAUUUAUUUUUAUUUUAUUAUUAUUAUUAUUAUUAUUACUAUUAUUAUUGUUAGUAGUAGUAGUAGUACUAUUAUUACCAUCAUCAUUAUCGCUUGCAGUUUCAAAGGAGCACAAAAAGGAGGUCGAUAGCACUAAACGUCCCCUGUUAAAGAAGAUUAAAGGUAAGGUACUUAAUGAAGAUAAUUGUUUCUAUGGCCAAAACAAAAAGACGUGCAGAAGAUAACGAAAAAAUUUUUGUUAGAUUUUUUUUAGAGUACCCGUUUCCAGCCUACUGUCCGUGCGUGAAUUUCUUUUUGGUAUGUGGACUUGUGCAGGAAUUUUUAUCUUACCCAUAUGCACUUGCAGGAUGUUUAUUUUCUUUUCAAAAUCAUCCAGCACCCCCACCCCCUCCCCUCCCCUCCCCUCAGAAGUAAAAUGGUUGGCCCCAAAUAGAUCACGGACAACGACCAAUCACAGCGUACGUAAUACACACCACAUUGUAUAAAUAAAUAUGUAUUACAGCGAGGACCAGCCAAGAUUAUUACGAUUUGUUACUAAUUAAGGCCGGUGCAGGACACACUUACAGCGGGAACUAUAAUUGAUACUCAGCCUCUCACUUCUGGCCCUCUUACUUUUCUUGUAUGGCCGUGGCAAAGUGAAAGAAUACUAUUUAUCAAUCUCCUCAUAUCUCUUGAGCUAUAAUGGAAGAAUUUUGAUUAUCUUGCUUGGAUUCGGUUUCUUCCCCCUAGGUCUGUUUGGUUCGCACAAAACCCCAAAAAGGAAAAAGGAAGCACAAGCCCCUCCGCUGCAAGCGACGUACAGCCAAGCUGAAAUGACACCAGAAGCGAAAACCAACUAUUUAGGUGUUUUAUAUAUUCCUGAGUUAACUUAAUUCACAUCUUUUCUUUUUGGAGUUAAAUGUAAAAAGUACUGCAAUAAAGAUAACAUGGCCAGCUCUGCUUUUUUGAGCACUACUGGUCGGUCACCCAAUUCAGAUCUAAUAUGGAAAACAGUUACGCAAAAGCAGCACAAUCGUCUCAAAAUUGCAGGAGGAUAACUCUUGUUAUUAUUCAUUCAAAAUAUUUCCCCGAUUCUGAUUGGCUAAAAGGACACGCAUAAUUCACGAUAACCAGCUACUGAUGACCAAAAUUUGGAAGAAUUUUGCGCUUAAUGAACCGAUGACGUCAAAAGUACAGCGUUCUCGUAGGUUAAUGCACCGUUAGCCGAGAUGAACUGAGGACGAGGUUGAGUUAUUUUGGUUGUGGAAACAAAAAUGGCGGACAUUUCACUCGUUUCAAGAGUAAGAACUAGACGAAAUAAUAGCUAAAAACAUGGCAAGAACAGCAAGAAGACAACUCGAAGGGCGACAUCUGCUAUUUGGAAAAUAUUUGCAGAGCUGAACAACCCUAAACGUGCACUAUCGAAGAUGAAUUUAACAUCGAUGGAGGUAAGCACGUUUUAGCUAUGUUUUUAAACUAGGGAUUGUUUUGAAUGAGUAAUAAAACAAUUAUUGAAUUCGGCUUUUGUAUCAUAUGAAGAAUUAUGGAGAUCGAGGAGGGUGUUAUCCGCCUCGGACUCCUCGAUCUCCAUAAUUCUUUAUAAGAUACUCAGCCCCAUUCAUUAAUUGUUAAAUAAUAGCAUGAUUUGUACGUAAUAUUCGGCAUAAAUACCACUCGUAAUAUUUCAAUUAAUUACGUACAACAAUUUUGAAUAUCACUGGUGGUAUUUAUGCCAAAUAUCACUACAAAUCAUGCUAUUACCUAUACUAAGUUAUAAGACAUAAUAUGUAAUAGCCUAGAUCCUUACUCUUGAAACGAGUGAAAUGUCCGCCAUUUUUUGUUUUCACAACCAAAAGAACUCAACCUCCUCCGCAGGUCUUCUCGGUUAACGGUGCAUUAACCUGCAAGAACGCUGCAUUUUUGACGUCAUUUCCUCGUUAAAUACAAAAUUCUUCCAAAUUUGGUCAUCGGUAACUGGUUAUGGUGAAUUAUGCAUGUGCUUUUAGCCAAUCAGCAUUGGGGAAAUAUUUUGAAUGAAUAAUAACUGUUUAUACUACUACUCACCAAAGGUUUGUAAUUUUCACAUGUAGGUAUUUCAAAUUAAGCUGAAAUACCACUGCUCUGAGCCAAUCAGAUUGCAGAAAUUUAUCAUGUAGUGGUAUAAAAGUAUGGUAAUAAAUUUAUUUGUUAGAAGAUGUGGGCCGACGUGAUAUCGUGGCUUUUUGUUCUCAGGUUUUGACUACUCCUUUGACGAUGCCCAAGGUCCUCAAAGGGAAGAGUUUGGAACAGAAAGGCGUGCCUUCAGACGAAGGGGAAGCUCUGACGAAGUGUCAGAGCUCAGCUUGGGAACGAGUAUGUACUGUCGCAAGUGUAUGACCAACCAACUUUGAUUUAAAUGAUUGUUUAUGACAAGUAAAUUUUAUAAGCAUUAAAGUAAGCAAUUUGCCUAAACUACUUGCUUGGUGACGUCAUCACCUUUGGUCUCGUCGCAUUCAUGGGGGACAAGACAUGGAUGAUGAAUUACCGUACUCUCACAAAAUGGUAGCCUGCGCAGCAGGCGCGUGAAAGUAGUGGGCGCAAGAAAGAGCAGGCGCGCAAGAGGGAGACACGCGUGUACCGAAGGUACACGCGUGUCUCCCUCUCGCGCGCCUGUUCUUUCUUGAGCCCACUACUUUCACGCGCCUGCUACGCAGGCUAACAAAAUGGUUACAAAUUGCGAUAGCUUUAAAUCGGUUUAUUACAAAGUGCGAUGGACAGUUAUUACAAAUUGCGAAAAGUUUUUGAUUACAAAGUGCGACAUGGUUAAUUAUUGCCACUUUGACAUAUCUUAUCCAUAUAUCACAUUUCAGGAAACGCCUUUCCCUACCGCAGCCGCAGGGGUUCACUGAGAAGUUUGCCAACAUUCGUGGGCUUUUUCUCCGACGAAUUCGAGGUACAUUCGAAUGAUACUUACACCCGGCAUCCACAUUGAUAUUUGAAAUUUUAGUGCAAUCGCACAGGUUUUUAAAAGCAAUCAGACAGCUACGAAUAACGACAAGAAUGCUCCGCCCCGCACCGCCAUGUCUGUUUUUAUUGUUAGUGAAGGUUGCAUUUACACAUUUACACGAGCGCGUUAUCAAUUCCACGCGGUUUCCCGACGCGUUACAUUCUGAGAACGAUUAGACUGCAAAACAGUCGGUUUUUUUCUCCAAAGCGUGGCGUAAGAGCCUUACGCUCGCUCUCUGUUUUCAGCCUCGUUGCAGACCGUUUGUUUGACUGCUCGCGCGUACUUGAAUACGCAAAAAUACGGAGUGUUUUACAGUCUAGAGCAAGGGUCUAGAGAACGAUCUGUCCGUUGUCCGUGCUUUUAGAUCGUGAUUUUGUUAGAAGGGAUCUGGAGACGAUACUAAAACGGCGUCACUUUGUUUACAAAAUGUCGGUGAAACGCAAAGAAACCAAAAGCCAGGGGACCAAAGAGCAGCUUACUUGAGCCGAUACUAAAGUAGACAAAUAAAUGAAUACAGUCACUCAGUAAGGCUGCAGAAAACUUGGAACUUGAAAUUGUAACGGUUCCAAGAGGUAAUCCCUGUAAAUUCAAGCUACGGGUAAAUGAUUUAGUAGACGCCCAGGGUGGGGAAUCAGACACGAGGCGUUUAAAGGAGAGAGUCGUUUAUUCUCAUAACCGUUAACGAAAAAAACAAAACUAAGAUGCUUUUGUUAUAUAUAUAAGUCUAGUCAAGACCAUUUUUUGAUCCACAUCGUUUUUUUUUUUAAUCUCAACUUCGAGGUCAGGAUCAGUGUAUUGGCAUAACUGGAGCAGAAAAGAUGCCCGUUACAAAUGAAACCGCGUCUGUCCGCGCUGUCUAAACACAGCCUCAGUGAGCCAAGAAUGAGCUGUCUGUGGUUAUAAAGUUCAGUUUUAGCAUGAUCCCAGUUUCAUAUGCGAUUCAGAAUUCUCGUGUUUUUCUUAGUUUAUUGAAAAUAAAAAAACUAUUAAGAUCUAUAAAUAAAUACAUGGUUUAAUUUGUAGCGGCAAUACUUACUGAUCAAUGCUUUAAAGUUCAGUUGUCAGGGCGAGGUCAUUAUGAUCUUUAAUCAGUAUAAUCACAACUUGGAAGAUGGUAUUGACAACUAAUCGUUGUUUUGCAUGUGGCUUAUUAUUGCUUAUCGCAAUAAUUGAUUGCAAAAAAAAAAAUGAGUGACAGCUUUCCUCCUUUCCUUUUAGGAUCCUGGAGAUUUUAAAGGCAAGUAAAAAACUGUUCUCCCAUACAGAUAAAUUCACCCUGGAGAGGUAGGGCGGUAACAAGAACCAGCGAGCGAAUCGGUCUUUCUUGUUUUCCAACGGUGUUGUGGGGGAGGGGUAAAGAAGAAACUGACUUUUUUAUUAGAUCCAUAGGCAUUUCAGUAACGUCUUAUUACAAACUAAGUUUCUUUGACACAGACAAAGAAGAAGAGCAAAUUAAAGGGCGAUGGUUGAAUGUGCGUAUGGGAUGUUAACUUGCCUAAAUCGGAUUGAGAGAAUCCGUUUUCAGGGAAGUCAAAACUAAAUAUAAAAUUUUAGUUGCCUAUUUAGGGAAAACGGAACUUGCGUCCAGGCUCCUUGUUAGAAGCAUCUUUUAGAACUUUUUAUGUGAUUUCCCGUGUUAUGUAGAAAGGAGAAGAAACAGGUUUUUAUAUAUUUUCUUUAAAAAAUAACAGGAAAUUUACGUCCACGCCGGAAGUCGAAUGCGAGCUGUCCGGGAAAGGUAAGGUCGUGCACUCUGUUACGUGGUUCGAUUGAAAGUGAAGUGACAGAUUACAAACUAAGCAUAACGCAGUUAUGUCGGGAACGGGAACGAGUCGACUUAAUCCGUAAUUAAUAAACGUAAAAUUCACUAAUAGCCGGGACGCUCUUUCGAGUAAAUAGGGUUCAUUUACAAAAGUUCGUUUACGUGGAGCCCACCACUCGGCUCACGUCCAACAGAGAGAUAGCUCUGAAACUUGAAAUAAACUCAGCUCUUCACACUCUUGAACUCACAAAAACCAAAAUCGUAAUACAUGUAGGCGUAGUUACAAAUUAGGUGUGCGUUAAUAGGGCGAACCACAUUGCAAGGCACAAAAGUGAUACGAGUUCAGCCCCUGAAAAAAAUUGUCGGCAGUUAAACUUCCCCGGGGGGUAACACCCAUAUAAUAGGGACGGUGUUCUUAGUCGGAGAUUAGAAUAAAACCCCUUAAGAAGACCAAUCUACCUACGCGUGGCUCAGACUUUAUUUAACCCUUGAAGGAGACCAUUAACCCUUUAAGCCCUAAGAGUGAUCAGCAUCAAAUUUCUCCUUGUGAUAUAAAUGAUUUGUAAAACGGAGUGGUCAUGAGAAUUACGGACAUGAUCACAUAAGAUGAAUUUGCUUGAUAUUUUAUCAACUUCUCCCCACUACUUCUGUUGGAAAUAAAUGGGGCAACAAAUAAGAAUUCAAAUUUUGAUCUUAGGGUUUAAAGGGUUAACUAGGAACGGUCAAUGUACCUGUAGUAGCUACCCCAUUAAAGUAGCGAUAGUUAAAGUCUGCUAAAUCAAGUAAAGAGGAUCGUUACUUCGGAACUAGGUAACACACCGUGUUUGCAUUGUGUGCGUGUAUUUGCUUAGAGUUAUUAGAGCUGUUUAUUUUAUGUUAAUUGUUUUUCUGACGUAAGUUUUUACUCUUCACAGAUGCCUUAUGUGAUACAUGGUAGGUAUGGCUGGCAGCUGCCCUUAAUUUGUUCUUAAACUUUCUGUUAUUAAUAAGCUUUUGCUAGUAGCGCUUUGGAAAUAAAAGGUACAGUUGAAAUCUUAUGCAUGACUUGGCUUGUGUGCACCAUUACAUGGCCACGCGGGGAUACGAAAUUUUUAUUCGAUCGCGAGUGUUGAAAAAUAUUUCACUCGUUCGCUGCUCGCACUCUUGAAAUAUUUUUCAACGCAAGAAGAGAAAUUUCGUAUCUCAAAGCGACCAAGUAAUGUUCCUUUUUAUAUAAAGACUAAUAGAGUACCAAACCGAAUUCACUUUAAUAAUUUUUUUUUGCUGUGAAAGACGCCGUUUAUUACAUUAUGUAGCUAUAGCAACGAGGAUCUUUUCACGUGUAAAGAUAUCAUUUCUCGGGCGAAAGCUCACCUGGUAUUUUAUUAAUAUAAAAUAAUAGCAUGAUUAGUAGUGAUAUUUGGCAUAAAUACUACGAAUCAGAUAUUUCAAAAUUGGUAUACGUAAUUUCACGAGCCGUUAGGCUUAUACACACACACAUGUAGGUAAUUCAAAUUAAGCUGAAAUACCACUGCUCUAAGCCAAUCAAAUUGCAGAAAUUUCUCAUGUAGUAGUAUAAGUGUAUCAUAUAUGUAUUGCUUUUUUUAUAUUUCUUCUGUUAUUGAAACCUAAACUUUCACAGGGCUGUACUGAAAUUCACCAGACGGAUAAAGUUAGACAGAUUAUUCGUCCAAAAUUAAAACCCUUCCGUUUUCGAUUUAUCCAACGAAUAAUCAGUCUCUAGUGCGAAAACAGCCAAUGAAAUUCAAGUAGCAAAUCUUGCUAGUUAGUUAACUAUUUAGACCAUUAUAAGUGAUCAAAAUCAGGCAAAAAACUUGAAAGAGCAGGUUGUUCAGCUUCAGUUUAAAACUUGAAAAAGAAUUGAAUUAACUAGUUUAAAGACUGACUAUUUUUGCUUUAGAUAGUUUACAAAUGAUUCCUGACGUUUUUUCCAACUGUUUUGCAUCAAUUCGUCAUGAUUUGUUAUAAGAGUGGUGGUUCCCGUUCUUCUUUCUAGUCAUCUUUUGGAUUCAAAAUUACAUUUAAUAUUUUUUGCUUGACCAUAUAACUUGAUGUUGUGAGUGUUUAUGGAAGUUAAACAGCAAACGUACAUCGAGAGCCAAACUUUUUUUCAGAUCAGAUAGAGAUUACAAGGCAUCCAAAGUCUCAAACAGCAAAGGAAGGAUCAACAGUGCAGUUCACAUGCAAAGUUGACAAAAAGAAGACAAACGUGAUUUAUCAGUGGUACAAGGACGGCGUUGAACUACAUGGUCAAAAUAACUCCACUCUUGUUCUGGAUAAUGUGAAUUUGCGGGAUUUCGGCCUUUAUAUGUGUUACCUGUACUAUGAUUAUUUGCCUGAAGAAGGUGUAGAAUCAUCCUGCGCAACACUGAAUGUCAUCCCUAAAAAUGGAAAGAGUAAGUGUUUUGACGUCUAUGGGGCUGUUUAGAUGGAGGGAGGAGGAUCCUAGCACCAGGAAGAUCUUAGAAGGCGGAUCAUCCUAGCGCCAUAUGUUUUCUGUAUUCGGUUUAGAUGCAAAGGGUUGUACUUGUCCCUAGCGCUAGGAUCUUCCUACAGCCGAGAGGUAGGAAAGUUGUUCCGCCUUCUAGGAUCUUCAGUAAUCCCGCUAUGUAAACAGCCCCUAUGUGUCGAUACCAUUGCUAAAUUCCCGGGGAAAACCAGUAGGGUGCUCAUCCUCUUUCCCAGGGCUCUCUCUCUUCCUCCAGAACCCAGAGAACGAAGCUGCGGGGUGCGAGUCGUAUCAACAGAGCGUUUACACUGCCACAUGGCUAGCAUCUAUGUAAUUUUAUUAAAACAGAAAAAAGGCUUUUACAUCAGAAAAUAGUUCAACUCGAACAGGUUUUUUUUUUGGAACACCAACAUGGCCAACGUUUCAUUGCAGGGUGGAUAAAGGUUUGGCGGUGAAACGAGCCUUCCGCUCUUCAUUCCAUGUGUGAUGCGGAGUAGGACUGGCAGGAGCGCUCUUUCCGCGCUUCCGGUACGCUUGAAGGCCCGUGAAACUUCGCUUUUUGCAAACCGGAAAUCCCAUUUUCUUUCUGUAAUUUCAGGCUACAAAUUUAAAUAGAUAAAUUCGUUUCAUAACAAUAUUGUCUAUAAGGCCGCCGAGACGUCAUGUGAAAACGCUCUAUUGAGGAUUGGUACCCCUUAAUCGCCUUUUAUGAUUGUCAGUGCCAGCUAAUUGUUGUUUUGUGUAUUAUUUUCUUUCUUCUUAAAUAUAUAUUAUGCACAGCUAGAGAAACUAGAGUGAUUUUACUUAACCGUGAAAUAUUUUUCUUAUAUAGAGUUUAGUCAUAGCUAGAUAAUCGAUAGUUAUUUUUCUUAGUGUUUAAAUAUACAUAUGACUUCUGUUUAGUUUUUUUGUCUCAUUUCUUUGGUUUUUUUUGUUUGCUGGUGUCAGUUUUGAUACCGGAGUCUUUUUUUCGUUUCAACGAAGAUACUUGAUUCCAAAAAAAAAAAAAAAUGUGACGCUUUGAAAUCCGCAAUAUUUUGAAGUGUAAAAAUUUUUUCCAAUUUAUCUGGACACUUUUCCGCCUUCGAUCGUACGAGCUUGCACUAAAACCACGGAAGUGUCACGUUGAGAGGGCGUUUUAAUGACAACGAGAGCAGAGAAAACGUUUUUCCAACUCGCUUUAUUAAAAAAUGGCGGAUGAAGGUGAAUUUCCCUGGAGUUGAAUUCUUGGGGACCGCACACAAGUUAGAAAUGAGAAAAAAAUUUCGUCCUCCAAACAAAUUUCACGCUCUGGUCGAGAAGGACAGCUAAACCAUGGAAAAAAAAUGACCCCUUUGAGGGACACAUAGACUUGAGACUUUAAAAUUGGUUCUGCUCAUUCGAAGUUUGAAUGAGCGGGCUGUGGGCCUGAAAGAAGGCAAAACGAAAUGGCGCCGAAAAGCGUACUCGUCCCGUGAAAGGUUUUUAUCGCGGAAUAGAGAGCCACAAAGUCUCAAAGUCUGUGAUUUAUUAUCACACUAGGGAUCUCACACUCCUGUCCGACUUUUUGUAUAAGAAUCCUUAAAAGGGAGUUUGUUUUACCUAAGCUUGCCUCUGGAUCCAGUUCUUCAUCACGAUCUUCAGAUUUGUUCAGAUUUACAAUUGUACAGUUCGUACAGAAGUUUACUGCCAACCAGCAUAUAGAACAUUUAUCAAUUGCUGAAUAUGAAACCGGGCGCAACUUGAUAAAUUUACGACAAAUUUGGAAUUUAUAGAUUCAAAGAUUACUUGUUUAUUUGGGCCUGAAAUGAUGGAUAUUCUUUGUGGCUGUAUUUCCGACCCACCGUUUUCCUUCUUUUCUUGGUCGUUUUGCACGGCGUCUACACAACUUCGAAGCCCGAUUUACAUGGUUUAUUUUUCACUUUCCCAACGUAUUUUACGACUUCCAGAUAGAGUAAUAAAUAAAUGAAAUAAAUGUCGUAAAUUAAUUAUUUUCCAAGCUUGCGAGCGGGCGGAAUCCUCCAAAUCCUGCAAUCUGAUUGGUUCCGAGAGCGGGGGUAUUUUACGAUCUUGUCCGCUAACCCCGGCGGAAUCGUUGGCAACUUCAUUCACAAGUUUGGUUGUUGUUUGUGAAUGAGCAAAAACCGUCAUUUUCAAACCAUUUUUCUUUUAAAAAUUGCGCUAUUACUAGCAUUAGCCAGGGAAAAGUAAAUAUUAUUAUUCAGACAAAAAUCUGAAGGGAGAAUCAAGCAAGUCAGCCAGGAAAACCGCUAAAGUAAAUCAAAACAGGUGGCUCGUGAUGUCGCCUCACUAGCUUUAUAACCGCGCUGUGAGCACUGCAAUCUUGCUUUUAUGCACCGUUUAUUGGACAUUUUUGCUCUUUUUGUAAUUUUGUUUUCCAUUUUUUCUGUAUGAAUCUAGAUUCUACCGUUUUUCAUUGAAUUUUGCCCCGCUAGUUUUCUACUUAUCACAGGGCUGUCAACCCCCACGUCAUCAAAUAUUGAGAAUUAAUAGGGAAGGAAUGAUGGAUGACGUCAAAUCGCACGACAAAUGACUGCAUUUGUGCCAAAAAUGCUAUUUGAUUCAGAUUGACUUAUAUUGCGCAUAAAUAGUUCAUAUUCAGCCACGUUAAUGUUGCUUUAAUUACAGUGGCAUACCAGAAUUUAUGAGGAAAUGUUCCAUUUUAACAGUCGCUCAAACAACGCAAAAUAUUUGAAAUUUUAUGGUCGGAAAGUCAAGUCUACAAGAAAUAUCGACUUUGGCGGUUAUAGGGAGAUACCAGACUCUAAUCUGGAGACUAGGAGAUACGGUCCAAAAUCUGGAGUCUCCCGGAUUAUCCGGGAGAGUUGACACCACUGUUAUCAGAAAAAGCUUGUUGUCAAAGAUUUCAUUUAGCUUUCAAUCUUAAGCUUAAGCUUAAAUAAACAACACGAAUCACUUUACCAGCAGUCGGUCAGUGGUCGGUUACCGCCGUUUUCAUUUCUUUGUUUAUAACUUGUUACUCACAUCGCCUUCUUUUCAAUAUUCGAAUUCAAUUCAAAACCUUAAAAUUGGUAUGUGUAAUUAGCUCCUUUGUGCAGUUUUUGUCCCGCUCGAUUAAACUAAUCGUAAAACAAUUUUUGAAUUAUUCAGCCGAAGAAAGUCCUUGCUGAAUUUUUUUCCAGGCGCUUUUAAUAUCAAGCUCGUCAAUUCUUUUAUCCUAGUUUGACACUCAGAUUAUGAAUUGUCUAGCAAGACACAAAAACCUUUCUUUAUUCUAAAAGAGAGCAGUAAGUGCCAUGGUAUAAAACAGCUGUAUAAAAUUACCGAGCUAAAAAUCAUGUUGCAAUGUUUUGGUUUGCAAUCGAUCGCGCGCUUCAUCAACAUGAACGCGUCCUCCGUACUUCAGCACACAGGUUAAGGUUGGAGAGUGAGGGAAACUUUUCCUGAAACUUUUAAGUCUCAGUAGGAAGAAAAUAAAAAUGUUAUUCAUCGGCCUAGGUCGGUCCGUAUUGGGAGAAACUGUGCCCUCGGUCUGAGUACCGCCCUCGGCCGGUACUCAAGGCCUCAUGCACAGUUUCUCCCAAUACGGACCUCCCAGCUGGUGAAUAACAUAUAUAUAACCGUACAUUUAGAGAAGUAAUCGUUGACUUUGUCUAGUUUUGCUUUUCGCUAAAAAUUAACAAUAACUGUUAAUUUUUAUUGUUGAUAUGAUUUUGGGUCACGAGUUGGGGGCCUGGGAACGAAAAAAAUUACAGGCAAAUGUCACGUAAUGUUAAUAAGGACCGGUCAUUAUUUAUCGCCUUGGGGGGCCGGCGGCGGGGAGGUUUUGGGCGGGGAUCACUGGAUUUUUAGGAGAACAAAACUCCGGGGGGGAUCAGUCGUAAGCUAGAGCCCACAAGGGGGGAUCACUGAAAACUUUGGAAGGAUUCAGGGGGGACAACGCAAAUUUGCUUGGAAAAUGAAUACAUGGGGGGGAUCGCGAAAGUCAUCUAAAGUUAUUAGGGCAAUCACGUCAGUGAAGUAACAUUCAACCGUAAGUUAGCCUCCAACGGAGACGGACAAAUAUUGCAUGUAACUUUGUUGCAAUCAGUGUAUCUCGAAACUCAGAAUUUAAAACCCGCAUAAAAAAGUUGAGGCAUUUUAAAGUAUCAAAUCCUACAAAUGUUUUUCAUGAUGACAUUAACUCAACGUGAACUCUAGCUUCAAAAGAAGAAUAAGCCUAGAACACAUUUCUGUAGCUGUAUUCAAGGUUAAACUUUCCAUUUAACUCUUUUUCAGACCUCAAACGCCUAGGGCAACUGGAUAUGACUACACGACAUGAAAUUGCAUGCCUGCUUGGAAAGAGGAAUGUGGGACUUGGCGGGGUUACGCAAGUCGCUGCCAAAUACGGCAUGACAUCCUACGAUAUAGUGGCACUGGACAACUACAUGGAGCCUGGAAAGGCUGUCUUGGAAUAUCUUAUGGCAUCCAAGCCUGAGCUAACAGUAUAUAGUUUCUGCAAGACACUCAAAGGAAAAGAAUUUAAGAGGUCCGAUAUUGUGCGAAGGCUAGAAGAUCACUUUUCGUUUCGAGAAGAAGCUAAUGAAGCUUGUUCGUUCUUCUGACUGGCAAACAUUUUCCUGAAAGUUACUUUACCAGAGAUUCACCCUUUGAUGAGUUGAUGNGUUGAGGCAUUUUAAAGUAUCAAAUCCUACAAAUGUUUUUCAUGAUGACAUUAACUCAACGUGAACUCUAGCUUCAAAAGAAGAAUAAGCCUAGAACACAUUUCUGUAGCUGUAUUCAAGGUUAAACUUUCCAUUUAACUCUUUUUCAGACCUCAAACGCCUAGGGCAACUGGAUAUGACUACACGACAUGAAAUUGCAUGCCUGCUUGGAAAGAGGAAUGUGGGACUUGGCGGGGUUACGCAAGUCGCUGCCAAAUACGGCAUGACAUCCUACGAUAUAGUGGCACUGGACAACUACAUGGAGCCUGGAAAGGCUGUCUUGGAAUAUCUUAUGGCAUCCAAGCCUGAGCUAACAGUAUAUAGUUUCUGCAAGACACUCAAAGGAAAAGAAUUUAAGAGGUCCGAUAUUGUGCGAAGGCUAGAAGAUCACUUUUCGUUUCGAGAAGAAGCUAAUGAAGCUUGUUCGUUCUUCUGA